AUGGCGUUGUUUUCGUCAGAACAGCCUUGCAAGGUAGCAUAUGUCCUUGAUGCCACAGGCCUGUCCUCUGGAGCGACAGAGCGCAAGCCUGCUUCGUCCUCCGUGUACAUCUGUAGAGAGCGUCCCGGGGGCAUAGCAGCCCAGCGGAGCUCCAAACACGACUCCUCCCACUGCCCGGGAAGCUCAGCAGAGCCCCCGAGAGCCAGCAGAGUGGCAGUCGCGGGAGCCAUUUUGGGCACCAUCGUCACCUCCAUGAAGCGAAGCUCCGGGCCUACAGCCUGCAAGCGGCAGAUUCUUCCUGUUAAAGGAGAUUCGGACUGUUACUGGGAAGAAUGCAUCCUUUCCCUCUUGCAGACCGACCUGUUUGCUGAACUUCUGCUUCUCUUAUCCAUCUCUCCUCCUUCAAGGUUUAUGAACCACAGAGUGCCCCCCAACCGGAGAUACCAGCCCACAGAAUAUGAACAUGCAGCCAAUUGCGCCACACAUGCUUUCUGGAUCAUUCCCAGCAUCCUGGGCAGCUCCAUCCUCCACGUCCUUUCGGACAACCCCUGGGAGACCAUCUCCGCCUGGAUCUACGGCUUUGGGCUGUCUGGAUUGUUCAUCGUCUCCACCAUCUUCCACACCAUCUCCUGGAAGAAGAGCCACUUGAGGACUGUGGAACAUUGCCUGCACAUGUUUGACAGAAUGGUCAUCUACUUCUUCAUAGCUGCCUCCUACGCCCCUUGGCUGAAUCUGCGGGAGCUGGGACCCUGGGCUUCCCACAUGCGCUGGAUCAUUUGGAUCAUGGCCUCCGUUGGGACCAUCUAUGUUUUCUUUUUCCAUGAACGAUACAAGCUGGUGGAACUGGUAUGCUAUGUCAUCAUGGGGUUCCUGCCUGCGGUGGUCAUUCUCUCCAUGCCCAACACGGACGGCCUUUCGGAGCUGGUGACUGGUGGGUUUUUCUACUGCUUGGGCACCGUCUUCUUCAAGAGCGACGGGCGCAUCCCCUUCGCCCAUGCCAUCUGGCACCUUUUCGUGGCGCUUGGAGCUGGCACCCACUAUUACGCCAUCUGGAGAUACCUCUAUCGGCCAAGCGAUGUCGAGGCAGAAACCUCCAGGUAGACAGGUGCCUUAAGAAGAAGGAUUUGGAGGUACCAGCAAUUUGGGGGGUGGGCCUUCCAACAGACUCUCGUCCUUUGGUUCGCCCUUGGGAGGCAUGGACCUGUGCUGAUUCCUCCUUCUCCUGAUGGGAGGUGGUGGUCUUUAGUAUUAUUUCCUUGGCCAAACUUGCCCAAGCCCCAAGGGUUGUUUUUUUCUAUUCUUAUUUUUUAUAAAUCAGUGUUUUUAGGCAAGGGUUUUGUAAUGAAGCGAACAAUUAAUGGAUAUUCUUGAAAAGGCAAGGGGGGAGGGAGAUAAACAGGCCUCUCUCUGGAGGAACUUGGAAGUGUCUGUCCUCGUGGUCCUAAGUGUUCGUUGACACAAACUGGUAGCAAGGAAACCAAAUAGGAAGCUGGCAGGAGAUUUACAUUAAUACCAGUCAGCAGAGAACCCAUCAUAACUGACUGGUUGUAGUCUCAUUUCCUACAAACACACAAAAAUCUGCCCCUCCCUUGCUGGCUGCAAUUGGCUUAGCUGCUGUGAUGUCACAGCAUGGACAAUCAAGGGCCAGACAGUCAAAUGCUUAGGCUAGUUUUUUUUGGAAGCCACAGAAUCUGAAUCUCCAACUUUUGUCUGGACGUUGCGGACUUGGAAAUGACAUCUUCAGCCGAGCCGUUUCCACACCUUUCGAUGGAAACAGGAUUGUUUCCCUUGGCGACUUCUGAAUGUGACGAAUGACCACAGGAAAAGAUGCGAAUGGGCUAAGAAUCUGUUGCCCGUCAGUCGCAGGAUGCGGUCAUAAAUACAUUGCCUAUUGGUUCCCGCAGUGUCCUAAAAUGCUCAACCUGCUUCUAAUAGGCAGGGGAUGAAAUGAUAUGCCCUUUUGGAUUGCAUGAACUCAGAUGACAGGACCACUUGGGAAAGCCGUCUGUACAUAGAAAAUGAGUUUGUCAGGAGGAAAAAAGUGCUGUGCCUGGCUUCCUCCUUGACAGGCUUUGUUUCUAUGUGCAGGGAUAGGGAGCAACAUUCCAUCAUUGGAAGGAGCACAGCCCUGAGCCGCUUCCCACCACUAGGAAAACCAAGCCUUAAUUUUAAGAUUUUACAAAAAUGAAAAAGUCAUCAUUCUAUAUAGCCUCGUGGUUGGAGAGGUCAUGGUCUUUAGCCUAGGGGCAAGAGGGUCCCUGGCUCAGUUCCCUGGUUCAACCUCCAGUUAGAAAAAGGAUACCAGCUGAUGGGAAGGACAGCCAGACGGGGCAGAUGAACUGAGAGUCCGAUGAGAUAGAAAGAAGCUUCAUUCGGGGUAGCAGGAGCAAUUUCUACAAAAGGCUGUCUGGGAUAGAAGCAGAACUUCCCUGGAAUUUAAUCCUGCAAGGAUUGAAACUGAGAAAUUGAGGUUCAGGUAGGUCGCCAUGUUGGUCCGACACAGUUGAAAUAAAUUAAACAAUUAAAAUAUUGUCCACUAGCACCUUAGAGACCAACUAGGGUUGUUCUGGGUAUAAGGUUUCGUGUGCAUGCACACUUCUUCAGAAAUUGAGGGUUUGGCUUGGCAGCUGUUAAAAAGCACCAGCGCUGUGCCGUUAGUUCCUACCAGCCAAAGUUAGGGUGGGAUCUCGAAGUCAUCAAAUCUCAGACACUCUUGCCAUUCCUUUCAAAGGCCUGGAAAUGAUGCGUUAUGAGGAAUGGCUUAGGGAGCUGGGUAUGUUUAGCCUGGAGAAGGUUAAGGGGUGAUAUGAGAGCCAUGUUCAAAUAUAUAAAAGGAUGCCAUAUAGAGGAGGGAGAAAGAUUGUUUUCUGCUGCUCCAGAGAAGCGGACACGGAGCAAUGGAUUCAGACUACAAGAAAAAAGAUUCCACCUCAACAUUAGGAAGAACUUCCUGACAGUAAGAGCUGUUCGGCAGUGGAAUUUGCUGCCAAGGAGUGUGGUGGAGUCUCCUUCUUUGGAGGUCUUUAAGCAGAGGCUUGACAGGCAUAUGUCAAGAAUGCUUUGAUGGUGUUUCCUGCUUGGCAGGGGGUUGGACUGGAUGGCCCUUGUGGUCUCUUUCAACUCUAUGAUCCUAUGAUUCUUUCGUUCGACAAUUCCUUGUGGAAGAGCUAACAGAAUAUCUGGCAGGGAAAGAAAGAAAGAAAGGAAGGAAGGAAGGAAGGAAGGAAGGAAGGAAGGAAGGAAGGAAGGAAGGAAGGAAGGAAGGAAGGAAAAGACCUAAUGCAUUUCAGAGCUGCAGCUCACUUUAAGGUACUUUGAAUCAAGCCAUGAAAACUGCAGAGCAAUGUGUUAAAAGCUUCUGGGGUCCAGAAGGGAUCUGCCCCCCCCCUUCACUGCAAAAGGGAAAGAGAGAGAUCCUGUUUCAUAGUCAUCUCAGCCCAUUUUAACUGACCUUUAUCUAAUCUUAGGCCCCAUCCGCACUAUUCUUUUAAAGCAGUAUU